GAUCACAGUAACCCAAAUACUUAAAAAAAAAUAAAAUAAAAUAAAGCACAUAAAAAGGUAGGGGUCUGAAAUCCCUAAUUGCAAAUCUACUUCUUCCUUCCCAGAACAAUUUCUUGACCCAUUUUUCCCACUGAUCUACAGGGCAAGGAUAAUUUUUGGAUUACUCACACUUCAACUUCUUAAUUAUGUCGGACGAGGAGCCUGUUGAUCCUAAGAGGGAGAUUGAAGAAAGCAUCUGCAAGCCCAAAUGUGUGAAACCCUUGCUUGAUUACCAGGCAUGCGUUAAGAGGAUCAAGGAUGAUGAAAGUGGACAUAAGCAUUGCACUGGACAGUAUUUUGACUACUGGUCUUGUAUUGAUAAAUGUGUUGCUCCAAGAUUAUUCGCUAAGCUGAAAUAAUAGUGGCAUCCUUCUGGUGUUGCAUUGAAGACACUCAUUUCUUGUUGCUGUGAUGCAAGCUCAACCUUUCUUCUCACAUUGUGAUUUUGUGUUGCACAAUGAAUGCCUUGGAAUUAUAAUUUUGUUCUCUUAAAAAGCAGAAAAGAACACUAAUUUUUCAGCACACUGAAAACUCUUUCUAGAAUAAAAGUUUGUCUGUUACUCUGUUUUGACAUAUUCUCUAAUCUCACCUUCCCAUUUGCGAUA